AAGAUUUUAGAACCAUGGAGACGAUGGGAAAUGCGACGGAUCAAGGACUUGGGAUGCCAGAACCAGAUUUUGUUGGAAAUGACGGUGGUGUACCGGGAGGUGUGGGGCUUGAUUUAAAUUGGGUAUUUGAUUUGACUUGGUAUGGGGAAGCUAUAAGAGGUACUGAUGGGUUUAUGUGCGAGGAGCAUCCGGUUAAACUGUCUUCAGAUGGUAUUUGGGAGAAAAUUAUUUUGAAAAAAAUUGGUUAUAACGUUUGGCAAUAUCGUCUUCCGAAUCUUGAGCUUGUCAUCUUACUUGUAUUCUUCUUUUGGCAAGUCUUUAAUGUCUUGUUCAAGAAAUUGGGUCUUUCGAUUCCUAAGUUCACCUCUAUGAUGCUUGCAGGGUUACUCUUGAACGCUCUACUUACUAUUUAUGGCGACAAGUCUAUUAUUCAAGAGAUCUUGUUCCCUAAAAAUAGAAUCGACAUUGCAGGAUGCCUUGGAUCAUUUGGCUUCAUGAUUUUUUGGUUCCUCAAGGGUGUGAAAAUGGACGUCAGGAGAAUCUUGAAAGCUGAAGCAAAGGCAAGAGUAACAGGAGUCGCAGCAGUUACUUUGCCUAUAGUUGUUGGUCUAGUGCUUUACAAGUUUAAAUCUGGUGAGAAUCGACCACUUAAAACUGAAGAGUACGAUACAUUGUUGCUAAUGGAGAGCCUAACGUCCUUCUCGGGAAUCGCAAGGCUCUUACGCGACCUUGGCAUGAACCACUCGUCUAUUGGUCGGGUUGCUUUAUCCUCAGCCUUAGUCUCUGAUAUGGUUGGACUCACGUUCUUGUUGGGAAUGGUUCCUGUUACUUUUAAAUCAAAGGUUCAAGGUUUCAGUCUACUUGCUGAAAUGAUCUUCUUUAUCGUCAUUUCGUUUGUUGUAUUGAGGCGAUUGAUGUUUAAAGUAAUCAAACGCAAACGAGAAGGGAGACCCAUCGACGACAAAUACAUCUACGGGAUUAUCCUCAUGGUUUGUAUAGCGUGUAUGUAUUGGGACGAUCUUGAGCAGUUUCCUGCCCUUGGAGCUUUCUUUCUCGGUCUGGCCAUUCCCAAUGGACCCCCUAUUGGUUCAGCAUUGAUCGAACGAUUAGAGAGCUUCAAUUUCGGUAUCAUAUUGCCUCUCUUCUUGUCAGCCAGUAUGCUCAGGACUGAUAUCAGUUCUUGGAAAACCAGUUUAACAUUCUUCGGCAGUGAUGAAAAGAAAUUUGCGGUUGCGUCUCUCGUUUUGCUGAUCUUCUUGUUGAAGAUCUCAGUUUCAGUGAUCGUACCUUACCUCUAUAAAAUGCCAUUGAGAGACUCCAUUGUUCUUGCCCUUAUCAUGUCCCAUAAGGGUAUUAUCGAACUAAGUUUCUAUCUUUUCUCUUAUGGCCUCUUGCUUUUAACUAGAGAUACCUUCUCGAUCCUAGUCUUGGCCAUCGUCAUCAACUCAAUACUCAUACCAAUAACGAUUGGUUUUCUCUACGACCCAUCCAAGCAAUUCUUGUGCUACCAAAAGAGAAAUUUAGCAAGUUUGAAGACCAUUGGAGAGCUAAAGACCCUUGUGUGCAUCCAUAGGCCAGACCACAUAUCUUCCAUGAUCAACCUUCUAGAAGCUUCUUAUCAAUCUGAAGAGAGUCCUCUCACUUGCUACGUUCUUCACCUUGUCGAGUUACAAGGUCAAGAUGUUCCCACUUUGAUCUCACACAAAGUCCAGAAACUUGGAGUCGGGUCAGGGAAAAAGUAUUCGGAAAACGUCAUUCUUUCUUUCGAACAUUUUACCCGUUAUGUAUGCAGUUCAGUUUCCAUAGACACAUUCACUUGCAUAGCAAACCCGAACCACAUGCAGGAUGAUGUUUGUUGGCUCGCUCUCGAUAAAGCUGUCACGCUAAUCAUUCUUCCUUUCCAUCGGACUUGGUCACUCGACCGAACAUCCAUCGUAUCCGACGAUGAAAUGAUCCGAUUUCUCAAUUUCAACGUCUUGAAACAAGCUCCUUGCUCUGUUGGCAUCCUUAUUGAACGUCAUGUCGUUAACAAAAAGCAAGAUUCUCCACAAAACCUUAAGGUUUGUGUGGUAUUUGUGGGAGGAAAAGACGAUAGGGAAGCAUUGGCCUUUGCAAAACGAAUGGCUCGUCAAGAGAAUGUAACAUUAACGGUUCUACGCCUUUUAGCAUCCGGAAAGAGCAAAGAAGCGUCAGGAUGGGAUCAAAUGCUUGACACAGUGGAACUAAGAGAGUUGAUGCGAAACAACGAUUCAGGAAUGAUGAAAGAAGAUACUUCCACGAUUUACUUGGAACAAGAGAUUUUAGAUGGAGCGGACACGUCGAUGCUUCUACGUUCCAUGGCUUUCGAUUACGACCUUUUCAUCGUAGGAAGAACAUGCGGAGAGAACCACGAGGCGACCAAAGGGAUAGAGAAUUGGUGCGAGUUUGAGGAGCUUGGAGUCAUUGGUGAUUUCUUGGCCUCACCGGAUUUCCCGAGCAAAACAUCGGUGUUAGUAGUUCAACAACAGCGAACGGUAGCCAAUAAUUAGAAGCGAAGAAAAGCACCACUCUUGUUCCAUAUGUCUCUUUUGUAUAGCAUCUACAAUAAAGUUUGAAAUACCAAAAACAGCAU